UACUAUGGACAUUGGUCUCCAGUGUUUACACGGCCACCCUGAUGGGUUCACAGCUCAUUCAUCAUAAGAGCUAAGAAGGCGCAUCGUGUGUGUGUGAAACACAUUCUUGACCUCUACAUGGAAUAUUCCACUAACGAUAUCGCAGCAGCGCGGAGCUUGCAGUUCGCUACGUACAUGUUCAUGUCAAUAGCUACAAUAUGGACCUAUGAUUAUGCAUGUUCAUUUCAUGAGGAGUGGACAUUUUUGCUUCAAUCGCACUGGAGCAAGAUGAAAGGCUUGUAUGUUUUUACGCGAUACCUGCCAUUUAUCAUUCUCGCCGUGGAUCUAUGCAUGAGCCUCACCCCGAAUGAGAAUUCAAGUACAUGCCGGAUGUUACAAAAUAUUAAUUCAGGUCUUGGCAUUGUAGUAGCAACGUUCUCCGAAUGUUUUUUUAUCCUCAGAACAUAUGUGCUCUGGGACAAGAAUAGAAUCUUGCUUGUAGCCAUGUUGUCGAGCUUAUUGAUGUGACCAGCCCGAUCCCGGGCAUCGCAGGGUGCUACCGGAGUUCAACCAGUGUCCUGUAUUUCAUACUAACAUUUAUCCUUGCCGUGUUCCAAUCGGGACUCUUGAUACUCACUCUCAUACGCGCCAUACAGGACUGGCGGACAAACACGAGCCGCAUGCACGUUGUCCUGGUGAA